AUGAUCAUCUUCUCGAAUUUGGCGUCCAUGGUCCCCAGGACUGACACAAAGAAUCGCCAGUAUCCCCGUUACUCGAGCGACAAACCAGAAAUGGCCGAAGCAGUUCCUAUCCCCGAGCCUCCUGGCCUGCCAUUGAUCGGCAACCUCGGCGAAUUCACGUCUACUCCAUUGCAGGACAUCAAACGGCUGGCAGACACAUAUGGUUCGUUUGGUUCCCUGAAUCUUUCUGCAAUUUGGCUGAGUUUUGCCAUCUUGCAGGCCCAUGAUGAUGAGCCCAACUGGGGCAAGGCACACCGAGUUCUUAUUCCGGCUUUCGGCCCUCUUUCUAUUCGCGGAAUGUUCGACGAAAUGCACGAUAUUGCUACCCAGCUUUGCAUGAAGUUUGCCCGUCACGGCCCUCAGAGCUCCAUCAACGCUUCGGAUGAUUUCACUCGUCUAGCCCUCGACACAUUGGCUCUGUGUGCCAUGGACUUCCGUUUCAACUCAUACUACAGUGAGGAGAUGCACCCGUUUAUUAAAGCCAUGGGCGACUUUCUUACAGAGGCUGGUCGUCGCAACAAACGGCCUGCAUUUGCCCCCAACUUUUUCUAUCGAGCCGCAAACGAGAAGUUCUUCAAUGAUAUCGCCAUCAUGAGAGACACAGCCGACCAAGUUGUGGCUAACCGAAAGAAGAACCCUAGUGACAGAAAGGAUCUUCUCAGUGCCAUGUUGAACGGUGUUGACCCGGCCACGCGUGAGAAGCUGAGCGAUGACAACAUUACUGACCAGCUCAUCACCUUCCUUAUCGCUGGCCACGAGACCACCUCCAGUUUGCUUUCUUUUAGUUUUUACUACUUGUUGAAGAACCCUUCAGCAUAUCAGAAGGUUCAGCAAGAAGUUGAUCAAGUUAUUGGCCGUCAGAAGAUCAAGGUCGACCACCUCACCAAAUUGCCAUAUAUUGCCUCAGUACUAAGAGAAGCCCUGAGACUGAGCUCUGGUAUUCCUGGCUUUUCUGUCGAAGCAUACGAAGACACUCUGCUCGCGGGCAAGUUCCUUGUCCGCAAAGGCGAACCCAUUACUGCACUUUUGACCAAAGCUCAUGUGGACCCUGUUGUCUUUGGAGAAGAUGCCACGGAAUUUAAACCAGAACGCAUGUCUGAUGAAAACUUUGAACGUCUGAAUAAGGAGUUCCCUAAUUGCUGGAAGCCUUUUGGUAACGGAAAGCGUGCCUGUAUUGGCCGACCGUUCGCUUGGCAAGAAGCUUUGCUAUGUAUGGCCAUGCUUUUCCAGAACUUCAACUUCACCAUGGCCGAUCCAAGCUACAAUAUCGAAGUCCAAGAGACCUUGACUAUUAAGCCGAAAGCUUUCUACAUGAGAGCCAGUCUGCGACAUGAAAUGACUCCAACAGAGCUGGAGCAAGCACUUGCCGGAAAAGUUGGUGAGACAACACACCACGCUGUCGCUGUCAAUGACGCAAAGGCAUCUGGAAAUUUUAGUAAGGGCAAGCCUCUUGCCGUUUUCUAUGGUUCCAACAGUGGUACCUGUGAGGCGUUGGCUCAGCGGGUAGCAGCAGAUGCACCUCGCCAUGGUUUCAGGGCCACCACUGUCGCACCUCUGGAUGAUGCGAACCAGAAGGUACCCAAGGAUCGCCCAGUUGUCAUUAUAACCGCUUCUUACGAGGGUCAACCGCCAUCCAACGCCGCUGUCUUUGUUGCUUGGAUUGAAAGCCUGAAGGGGAAAGAGAUGGAGAAUGUGUCAUACACAGUAUUUGGCUGCGGGCAUCAUGAUUGGGUUCAGACCUUCCACCGAAUCCCCAAGCUUGUUGACAGUACGCUAGAGAAGCUCGGUGGAAACCGUAUUCUUCCUCUAGCCACUACCGAUGCCGCUGAUCGAGACAUGUUCAGCGACUUUGAGACUUGGGAGGACAACUCUCUCUGGCCUGCACUCCAAGAGAAAUACGGAGCCGAGGACAGUGCUGAUGCUACAGGUGAUGCUCUUUCCGUAGAGAUAUCGGUGCCCCGCAAGACUACUUUAAGACAAGAUGUCGAAGAGGCCAUUGUCAAUUCCACCAAGACUCUUACCGAUUCUGGCUCCGUCAAGAAGCAUAUUGAAAUUCAACUGCCCACCGGCAUGACGUACCGCGCGGGUGACUACCUAGCUGUCCUUCCUUUCAACCCCAAGAGCACAGUCUCGCGCGUCUUCAAGAAAUUUCAGCUGUCGUGGGAUGCCAUGCUCAAAAUCCAUUCGGACAGGCCGACUAGCCUUCCUACUGAGGCUACUGUAUCAGCUUCAGAUGUUCUCAGAGCGUACGUUGAGCUUAGCCAGCCGGCAACCAAGAGAAACCUCCAGACGCUCAUACAGGCUACUCAAGACAAGGAUACCGUAGAGCAACUUCAGAAGCUCGCUGGUGAUAAUUAUCAAGAUCAGAUUUCCAGCAAACGGGUAUCGAUUCUUGACCUCCUGGAGAAAUUCCCGGCCAUAAGUCUUCCAUUUGGAGCAUUUUUGGGAAUGUUACCACCGAUGCGUGUCCGCCAAUACUCCAUCUCAUCUUCCCCCCUUGCUGACACUACCAAACUGACCCUUACGUACGGGGUGCUCGAACAGCCUGCGCUUUCUGGUCAGGGCUCGUACUAUGGAGUUGCCAGUAACUUUCUCUCCUCACUCACAGCCGGAGAACGACUUCACGUUGCUGUCAGACCCUCUCAGGCCUUCCAUCUACCCAGCGAUGCGGAGAAUACCCCCGUCAUCUGCAUUGGCGCUGGAUCUGGCCUUGCGCCAUUCCGCGGCUUCGUGCAGGAACGCGCCGCAAUGAUUGCAGCCGGAAGAAAGGUUGCUCCAGCGUUACUCUUCUUUGGCUGCCGCUCUCCCGAACAAGAUGACCUGUACGCCGAGGACUUCGCCAACUGGGAGAAGCUCGGCGCCGUUGAUGUCCGCCGCGCUUACUCCCGAUCACCCAGUAACUCGAAAGACUGCAAAUACGUGCAGCACCGCCUGUCUCACGACCGCGACGACAUUGUAAAGCUAUGGAAGGCUGGUGCCAAAAUCUAUGUUUGCGGUAGCAAAGAUGUGGGCAAGGCCGUGGAAGAAGUGUUCCUCGAUAUGGUCCAAGAAGCUGGCAACAACAUAACUCCCGAGAAGGCGAAGGAGUGGUUCGAUAGACAGAGGAAUGAGAGAUAUCUAACGGACGUCUUUGAUUAA